CCUAUGGCCCAGGCCGCCUCGGCUAUUUCUGCUCUAGGUAACCACAUCCCUCUUUAAAAAUUCCGCCUAAAAAGAGAAGACGCUUUACCCGACUCUUUGGGCCGUUAUCUCACGGCGAACUUUCUGACCAGGUAUACAACUAUCCAGAAGGUCUAGGAGAAGUGCUUUAUAGAGAGCAGUUCGACUUCAACGCCGAGCCACCUUGGGAACCUAGCUGAUGAUAGGGGGGUUCCAUCUCCUAACUUGUCCAUCAUCCAGAAUGGCACACAUCUUAGGAAGGACAAAUAACGCUGGAGAAGGCACAGCAGAGGAUCGUCAAAGUGGUUAGUGGAUUGGAGCAACUUCUAUCUGAGGAUCACCUGAAAGAUUAGCACCCUAAUUGGAAAAGACAAACAGAAAGGGAGGUCUUCUCUUCAGAAAUCCAAGAACUAUAUUCAUCCAACUUGGUGUCAAGUGGGCUGUGGUUCCAGAAUUGUCUUGUGAUUAUUUGAGAGAUGUAUCAGUUCAUUCUGAAGUACAGUCAACUGUAGGAGCCUUUGUAGCAGUUUGUUGCAUAUUCUAAGGACCCGAACAUAAGGCUUGGUGGCCCAUCUCUUGUUUUUCUUGGUUUAUGACUUUCGGCUUCGCGGAAUACGGCUGAGAUGAAAGGAUUUAUUGAAGAUGCAAACUACUCCAUUGGCUUAUUGGAUGAAGGAACAAAUUUUGGAGAUGUUAUUGACAACUAUGUGUAUGAACAUACCCUGACAGGAAAAGAUGCAUUUUUUGUGGGAGAUCUUGGAAAGAUCGUGAAGAAAAACAGUCAAUGGCAAAACAUAGUGGCUCAGAUAAAACCAUUCUACACUGUAAAAUGCAAUUCCACUCCAGCUGUACUUGAGAUCUUGGCAGCUCUUGGAACUGGGUUUGCAUGUUCCAGUAAAAGUGAAAUAGCAUUGGUGCAAGAGCUUGGUGUUCCUCCUGAAAACAUCAUCUAUGUAAGCCCAAGCAAGCAAACUUCUCAGAUUAAGUUUGCAGCAAAAGCUGGGGUGAACAUCAUGACAUGUGACAAUGAAAUGGAACUAAAGAAAAUUGCCCUUAACCAUCCAAAUGCUAAGCUCUUACUGCACAUUGCAACAGAAGAUAUUAGUGGAGAUGAAGAGAUGAGCAUGAAGUUCGGCACCACUCUGAAGAACUGUAGGCACCUUUUGGAAUGUGCCAAGGAGCUUCAAGUCCAAAUAGUUGGUGUUAAGUUUCAUGUUUCAAGCUCUUGCAAAGAACCUCAAGUGUAUAUACAUGCUUUAUCUGAUGCCCGAUGUGUGUUUGACAUGGCUGGAGAAUUUGGCUUCAAAAUGAAUAUAUUGGACAUUGGUGGAGGUUUCACGGGAAGUGAAUUCCAAUUAGAAGAGGUUAAUCAUGUCAUCCGCCCUCUGUUGGAUAUCUACUUUCCUGAAGGAUCCGGGAUAAAAGUGAUUGCUGAGCCUGGAAGCUACUAUGUGUCUUCCGCGUUCACUCUAGCAGUUAAUAUUAUUGCAAAAAAAGUUGUUGAAAAUGAUCAUCUUUCCUCUGGAGUAGAGAAAACCAGGAACAGUGAACCAGCGUUUAUGUAUUACAUGAAUGAUGGUGUCUAUGGGUCUUUCGCAAGUAAUUUGGCCAAAAGCUUGAAUACCGUCCCGGAGGUUCACAAGAAAUACAAGAAAGAUGACCCUCUGUUUACAAGCAGCCUUUGGGGUCCAUCCUGUGAUGAGCUUGAUCAAAUUGUGGAAAGCUGUCUUCUUCCUGAGCUGAAUGUGGGAGAUUGGCUGGUCUUUGAUAAUAUGGGAGCUGACACCUUGCGUGAACAGUCAACUUUCAACGAUUUUCAGAGACCAGCCAUUUACUAUAUGAUGACACUCAGUGACUGGUAUGAGAUGCAAGAUGCUGGAGUAACUUCUGACACAUUGAUGAAGAACUUCUUCUUUGUGCCUUCUUGCAUUCAGCUGACCCAAGAUGACAACUUUCCUACCGAAGCUUAAGCAGGCAUUAACGCUUCAUUUAGACCUGCAGUUGCAAGUCUAGCUUGUCUGGUCAACAUUCCAGUAUGGAAGAAAUGGAACAAUCUCAAAUUCUAUCGAUACUCUAAAACUUGAAAAAAAUGAAUUAGAGCUAAACGGGACCAGGCAAAACCAGCUUACAACUACAAUUCAGUGGGGUGAGGGGGAAAUUAGAUAUUGGUGUCCAGAUUAAAAUUUUUCCAGUUUGUCCAGCCCCUAAGCGUUUAAAAUAAAAUAUGCAACAAAAUGGAUGACUUAGUGGAGGUGGAAGCCCAUCACUUGGGUUCCCUAUUAAACAGUUUACAUACAAGUUCACAGUUUUUAUACUAAGGAUUCCUGUUAGAAAGUCUUGUAAAGUUAUUGUCUUUCGCCCAGAUAUAUCAAAUGUCAGUGGAAGACCAGUGUGACUUCAUUAGAUAUGUUUAGUGUAUUUAGAAUGUGUAAAUUUGUGCUUUGAACUGUAGUUUAAUAAAUGUAAAAUUGCAUCAUAGUAUUUGUUGUAUUUGACCUGACAUAAGCCCUGUAUGAUUGCAAUAAAAUUUUGUGUAGAUUUUACUGGGUUUUUUUUUUCAGGCUAAAACUUUGGGAAAGGGGCUAGUUAGCAAAGGUAGUUUUGAAAUAGAUGUGUAAAUGACUGUUUUUGAAAGCUAUUUUUCUUUGGCCCAUUUCAAGGUUAGUUUGGCAGUACAUUAAUUUUUUCAAUUAUUUAAGUCUUCGAUAAUUUAAGUAAAAUAAGUUUGAUAAAUCAGUGUGAAGUUCAGUUUCAUUACUGGAAAGUUGACAUUCAGUGUUGAAUAAACAUAUAUUUAUGUUUAACAAUUUUAACACCAAAAAUGUCAGACCUACAAGGCUAAUAAUAUGAAUUGUUUGUGUAGAUAGAAUGCACAUAGACUUCCCCUGCCCCGCAGUAGAUAUAUGAAUUACAAGUCUGUUAUUGACUACUUGAAAUUGAAGUGGUUUCUUUUAAAUACUUAACAGAAGUGAUAGAAAAAAAUUAACUUGCAGAUAAAUCUGCAAAGCACUAAAUCUUAAACAGAAGGGCUACAUCCAUCUUCAGAAGUGAUGCUCUUUUUGCACUGAAUGUUCUAAGUACACAAAUUGCAGGAAAGCACACUUCGAAUUUUAUCUUGAUUGAUAACAAGAAAGCAUCAAAGUUAUUUCAUUUGAUUUCUUAUUACCUUGCAUCCAUUAGCCUCAUGAUUUGUGCUUUUGACUUCCUUGUGUUAUGUCAUGAUUCUUUUUGUCACUCACCUACCUGGCAGUAUUGAAAGUCAGGAUUUUGCAAUGUUCUCUGCUGAUAUAUUAGUCCUUGAACCCAGAAUCAGAGCCUAACUGAAAUGAAUUAGAAAACAAAGCUCUUUAUUCUUGACCUAUUCUGUGCUCUGCUGUGGGAUUUCUGCCACCCAAGUGAACACAUCACAUUGGUGCCAAUUGGCAGAAAAUCUUAGUUCAUACAGAGAGAUUAGUAAUUCACUUUAGAGCUAAGGGGUUACUUUCACCUCUGAUUUGAGGUGGAAAGAGAUUGAUCAUGAAUCUUAAAUUUAAACCCGUGAAACCAAUAGUAGCACUAAAUGUUUAGUGCUCUUCUAUUAUAUUUUGAAUACUUGUUUCCGCUGAAUAGUCUACUAAUAAUAAAACCAGAGUCCUGGGCAUGUUAUGUUAUCCAAAUGUACCUGUUGUUGUGGCUUCUUAUGCAAAACUACAAAUUUCAAACUACCAGAAAAUUUGCUUGGGAUUUGGAGAUGAGGGUUUGCUUCCCUAAUUCUUUUAAAUAAAUAUCACUUUUUCUGCCCAAAAUACCAACCAAAUGUGUAGACUGCAGCUUUUAGUUCUUAAAGACCACCUAGAAUCUUCUGAGCUUCACUAUCUCUUCUUGGUUUUGCUCCGAAGAUUCUAGAACUGUUUGAUGUGAAACAGAACCCAGAAUUGCAAAUAUUUGUAAAUGAUAUGGUAGUAACUUCAGGAAAUGUCUGUAUUGUAUUUGAAGACUGUUUGACAUAAAAACAAUUGAAGUUUGAACCUAUGUAUUUCAUUUUGAUAUGCUAAAAAGUACUGAAUUAAUGUUACUAUCCUUUCUGUUUACAAUAUUGUAAUCUCAGUCCAGAAUUUAACUGAAAAUAUAAAAACCUGAAUGAUUUCUAUAUAGUAAAUUGAACUGUAAUGGUAA